UUCCCACACGUGCCACAAACAGCAUGAAUGCCAAGAGUUCCAAAACCCAGACAGAGCGCCAUAACACUCGAAUCAUUUACGCUUCUUUGUUCGUUUAUGCUUCUUUGCCUACGCCGUUGCUUCUUCGCUUCCUUCCCUUUAUUCGCCACCUACCCAGUAUCACCCUUAUUCCCACCUCACCUCCACUUCUCUUUUCCUCUCUCUCCUGGCAAGCUAGAUUCUUUUUGUUAAGUUGAAAAAGAGUUUAAAUUCGAGUGCUUUUCUAAUUCUUGAGUAGCUCUUAGUCUUAGUUAGGUUGUUGGUUCUUGAUUUGUCGGUGCGAAGCUUAUUUACAUUCAUUUGUCGACUUUUCCUAGCUGGUUAGAGAAAUGGCGGGUUCUGCAUUAAGUUUCGGAUUAUCAAAAGCUGCGAAUUCGCAAAACGAAGCCGUUUUGAUCAGUCGGAAUUUUGCUAUCCCUGACAAUAUUCGGUUCAAAACACUAGUAAAGGAGGUGACUUUCCACGUGCGGGCUCCACAUUUCUCUGCUAAGAAACAGAGGCUUGUAGUUCGGAGCUCGCACUCACAAGCAGAACCGGAAUCUGGUGUGCUCUCAUCCACUGUAGUUAAACAGGAAGGCAGUGAGACUGUUGUAGCUAAGGAUGUUAAGAUUUUGGAGAAGGGAAAUGAAUUAGAAACUGAUGUUGGUGGCAAUGGUGGUGGAGAUAUAUUUGAUGGAAAUGGAGGAAAUGGGAAAUUUCCUGGUGGUGGAGGUGGCGGCAAUGGUGAAGGAGAGCGCAAAGAAGAAGAAGAAGAAGAGUUUGGACCGAUUAUGAAAUUUGAUGAGGUGAUCAAAGAAGCAGAGGCUAGAGGGGCACGUCUUCCUUCUGAUAUGCUAGAGGCUGCUAAGAGUGUGGGGAUUCGCAAAGUUCUUCUGCUUCGAUAUUUGGAUUUGCAGGGAUCAGGUGGACUUUUGGGUUUUGCAAUGAAGUCAUGCUCUAUGCUACGAAAUAGAAUGUUGGCUGAUCCAUCCUUCCUUUUUAAAAUUGGAACAGAGAUAGUUAUUGAUUCUUGUUGUGCUACGUUUGCGGAAAUUCAAAAGAGGGGCAAAGACUUUUGGGCGGAGUUUGAAUUGUAUGUUGCAGAUCUUUUGGUUGGUGUGGUGGUAAAUGUUGCUUUGGUUGGCAUGUUAGCACCCUAUGCACGUAUUGGACAAACAUCUGUGUCUAAGGGGUUCUUUGGACAGUUGCGACAUGCUUAUGAUGCUCUUCCUAGUAGUGUGUUUGAAGCUGAAAGACCUGGAUGUAGAUUCUCUGUAAAGCAGAGAAUUGCAACGUACUUCUACAAGGGAGUCCUGUAUGGAUCAGUUGGCUUUGCAUGCGGUAUUAUCGGCCAAGGCAUAGCAAAUCUCAUAAUGACUGCUAAGCGGAGCAUAAAGAAAUCAGAAGAUGACAUACCUGUGCCACCUCUUGUGAAAAGUGCAGUUCUUUGGGGUGUUUUUCUUGCAGUUUCAUCAAACACGCGUUACCAAAUUAUUAAUGGACUGGAACGUGUUGUCGAAGCAUCGCCCUUGGCAAAGCAGGUUCCACCAGUUGCAAUGGCUUUCACAGUUGGUGUGAGAUUCGCCAACAACGUUUAUGGUGGUAUGCAGUUUGUAGACUGGGCUAGAUGGAGUGGGGUGCAAUAAUGACAAUGGUGCAACUCUGUACUCGUGUUUUAGAAAUUGUCGUGGUACAAGGAUAUGCGCUUGAUGCUUUAGAAAUAUUUUAAUUGACUGAAUUUCCGUUAGCCGGAUAGUUGACUGCAAGUGCCAGGAGGGUCUGUUCUGACUUUGUAUCACUUCAGUGAAAUUCAAAUUGUGCAAUUGGGAAAAUUCAUUUUCUUUAUGUUAAUGGAUUAGGGAGCAUGCUCAAUCAGAAAAACAUAUUGCUAGUGGA